CACUUUCUUCUGCUCACUCAGCCCCAGCUCCGGGGCCCUAAUAUUGACUAGAAGACUUAAGACAGGAAAUGUGAAAGUUUCCUGUGGCCUCUUUGGGCUGUCUGGAACCCCAAGCGGUUCUCACAGUGUGGUCUCCAAGCCAACCAUCAUCUGAGUUUGUCACAGAAAUACAAAUUCUUGGGCUCCAUUCUAGACCUACCAGUUUCCACAAAAGAAAAGAUUCUUUUCUGGUGGCCGGCAGAAAAGAAUCCAGUAUUUCCAGGCAACACCAACAACAGAGAGCUCUUAUGUCAACAAACUCACCUGUGUACAGACAUCCAUUUCAGCUGGCCGGAUCAAGCAGUGUUCUCAGAAUGGAAAUAAACUCGUAAGUAGAAAUACAAUUAGACCCUCGCUCUACGCAGAGCGAACAACGCUCACCUCCGGGAAGAGGCGCGUCCCCUCCAGCCCCCGGGGAAGUGGAACGGAACCAAGAAGCUCCGGGCACAGGUUCUCCGGGAGCGCUUUUCCCGAACGGACCAGUCCCCCCGCGCGGGGUUGCCGUGGAGACGGAGCGAGGUGUUUAGAUGCUGAGACCCGCCGAGGCCCGGCCUGAGCUGCCUGUCUGCAGAAGGGGCUCACAGGACCGACGCCAAGAUGAUGCUUUCAAGGGCCAAACCUGCAGUAGGCGGGGACCUACCAAACACUGACAAAAGAAAGAAGAAAGGUAGGAAGAUUCCAAAACUAGAGGAGCUACUUUCACAAAGAGAUUUCACUGGAGCAAUUACCCUGUUGGAGUUCAAACGUCAUGUUGGGGAACAAGAGGAGGAUACCAGUUUGUGGAUUGGAUACUGUGCCUUUCAUCUGGGUGACUAUAAAAGAGCUUUGGAGGAAUAUGAAAAUGCAACCAAAGUGGAAAAUUGCAACCCUGAAGUCUGGGUGAACUUAGCCUGUACCUACUUUUUUCUUGGAAUGUAUAAGCAAGCUGAAGCAGCUGGAUUUAAAGCUCCAAAAAGCCGACUUCAAAACCGCCUUCUCUUCCACCUGGCUCACAAGUUUAAUGAUGAGAAGAAAUUGAUGAACUUUCAUCAGAAUCUUCAGGAUAUCACAGAAGAUCAACUCAGUUUAGCUUCUAUCCACUAUAUGCGAUCUCACUACCAAGAAGCUAUUGAUAUUUAUAAGCGGAUACUGUUAGAUAACAGGGAAUACCUUGCCCUCAAUGUCUAUGUGGCCCUAUGUUACUACAAACUGGAUUACUAUGAUGUAUCUCAAGAAGUUCUGGCAGUUUAUCUUCAGCAAAUCCCUGAUAGCACCAUCGCACUCAAUCUUAAGGCCUGUAAUCAUUUUCGCCUAUACAACGGCAAAGCAGCUGAGGUAGAGGCAGAACUCAAAAGUUUGAUGGACAACGCUUCUUCAUCCUUUGAAUUUGCUAAAGAACUCAUCAGGCACAAUCUGGUGGUUUUUCGAGGAGGUGAAGGAGCUUUGCAGGUUUUACCUCCCCUGGUUGAUGUCAUUCCUGAAGCAAGGCUAAACUUAGUGAUUUACUACCUUCGUCAAGAUGAUGUACAAGAGGCUUAUAACUUAAUUAAGGAUCUGGAACCCACUACUCCUCAGGAGUAUAUCCUCAAAGGAGUGGUCAAUGCAGCUCUUGGCCAGGAAAUGGGCUCAAGGGAUCAUAUGAAAAUUGCCCAGCAGUUCUUCCAGUUGGUGGGAGGAUCAGCCAGUGAAUGUGAUACGAUACCAGGGAGGCAGUGCAUGGCUUCCUGUUUCUUCCUGCUUAAGCAAUUUGAUGAUGUCUUGAUUUACCUCAACUCAUUUAAGAGUUACUUCUAUAAUGACGACAUCUUUAACUUUAAUUAUGCCCAAGCCAAAGCUGCAACAGGCAAUACCAGUGAGGGUGAAGAGGUUUUCCUUUUAAUCCAAAGUGAGAAGAUGAAAAAUGACUACAUUUACCUCAGUUGGUUAGCUCGGUGCUAUAUCAUGAAUAAGAAACCAAGACUGGCCUGGGAACUUUAUCUCAAGAUGGAGACCUCGGGCGAGUCCUUUAGCCUCCUGCAGCUCAUUGCUAAUGACUGCUACAAGAUGGGCCAGUUUUACUAUUCAGCCAAAGCAUUUGAUGUCCUAGAAAGACUGGAUCCCAACCCUGAAUAUUGGGAAGGCAAGAGGGGUGCCUGUGUGGGCAUUUUCCAGAUGAUCUUAGCUGGGAGAGAACCAAAAGAGACCCUUCGAGAAGUACUCCAUUUACUGAGAAGCACAGGUAACACCCAAGUAGAGUACAUCAUCCGGAUCAUGAAGAAAUGGGCCAAAGAAAACCGAGUGCCUGUCUAAGAUAACUCCAGAACCUUAGGGGCCAGCCACCACUUUGACAUCAUACUGGAAACCAUUUGCCUCCAGUUUAAUGUAAGAUGCAGGACUCUAUUAUAUUGACAUGAUCCUUCCUUGCUAUUCAAGCCUCAAGAUAGUGAAUGACUUUCUUAGACCUCACCUUUUGGCUGAAUUAAGUGCCAUGGUCUGUACUGUGGCCCCUGUGUGAUACGACUAGCAAUACGACUUUGGACUUGUCUGGUGCCUUUCUUCCAAAAGUGCUCGGAGUACUGAGUCGUUAACUGACCUUAAGGAGAACAGCAUCACUUUGCUCUGUUAGCAUUCCAAGGCAUUUUCUCCUAGCUGCAAUAACAGAUGCCUUGAUGCUCCAGAGUCCCAUCGUUCUGUCAUCUUAUCUCAGCUGUCUCUGUACAUUAUCCUGCUUUACUGCGGAGCUCCAUAAAGAGUUUUGCAAUGCAUCUCUGACUCCUGGGAGAGCAGAAAUUACACAUAGUUUUAUGAUUCUGAGAAUGGCAGUAAGAACCUUUAUCAAACUGUUCAGUCAUUAGAGGAUAAUAGGCUUAUGGGAUUACUCUUUCAGUAACUGAUUCCUGGUGAUAAUAACACGUUACAGUGGAGUAACAUGUGGCAGCUUUUAAUAGGUGAGUACUAUGGAAAAAAAAACAACUGUAUGACGCAUUUAAAGAUAUUCAGGAAACAAAGUUUAUGAAUUGCUGUAGUCACUUCUCUAGAAUACUCUAGGUAACAAAUCAGAUUAGCUUUAUCUUUAUCUAUCUUGUUGAAUAAGCACCAGUUUUGAAAGUAGGAUGACAGAUUACAUGUAUGCAUAUGACAUGUAUGUAUUAUGUAUAUUCAUGUGGCCAUUACAGCAGUGAUGCUGAGACACAGGUUGUGUGGAGCCCUUGAAGCAACCUAAAGCCUGGACUCUGUCCUAUGUCACCUUCGAGUACUGCAUUUCUGCGCACUGCCAACAUAAAAUCUAAUUUACAACUGAGCUAGACUCAUAACCGAUUUUCAGAAAACAGACCCUUAUCUUUUUACAUACCAGAUUACUGUUGUUUCUACACAAUACAAUUUCUUUCUAUUAGUUCAGAGCAGUACCCAGAAUUAACAGGGUAGAAAGUGCAGUGUCAUCCCUAUCCAGCAUGACACCUGAAGAAAAAUCAUCAUUCUUUGAAGCACUAAAGACAGAAUUCCUGCAAGCACAGCCUCGGUUGUUCCACUGACUCCCUUAAACGAGGAAGUUGUAUAGAAUGGAGAGCAGCUAGGGAGAGAAUGUUCACAACCAGAAGCCUUGGUUUCUGCAUGGCUGCAAAGGGUUCUUUGAGCUCUACUCAGGCAGAAGGCCAGUUUUCCUAACUUUUAUCUUAGUCCUAGUUCUAAUCAAUUCACAGCACAAAUCAAAAUAAGGUCACCCGCACAACUGCGUUUUAGAAAACAAAGUCACAUCAUUCUUCAUAGACCAAAGCUUCUGUUUCCUCAUUAUGUUGUUCCUACUUCAAUAAUUGAUUCUUGACAUCUAUGGUAAUAGGUGGGCCAGAUCUGGGCAGAACCUGCUAUAUUUAGAAUCCUUCUUGUGACUGUUACCUCACUUAAAAUGUUAGGAAACAUAAUAGUGAGAAAAGACAGAUGGAACUCCACAGUGGCUUUUGGCAAUGAAAUCUGUCUUCCAUUUAAUUGCUAUUUCAAAUUUACUAUAUUUGCUAUUUCAAAUUUACUAUAUUUCUCACUGAUGAUAAUUUACCUUUACAUGAACUUUUGUUGAAUUUAACACUAAUUUCUCACUACUAUUUUCUUUUUUUUCUGGGGGCGGGGGGGAAUCAGAUAUUCCAAAAAUAACAAUUCCCAGAAUUUUAAGGCUAAUUUUCAAAUCCUUUUUAAUCUACAGAAUUGAGCUAAAAAAGCUUAAAGACUAGUUUAAGAGAGAUAGCAUUCAAUUCUGUUAUUAAGAAUAAUGACUUCUGAAAUGUCUUGGCAAGGCCUCAUGAUUACAGAGUAGUGUUGCACAGCUGUUUUUCUUACACGUGAUGGUAUUGUAGGAGGGGAAGGCCCUGGCUUAGGGCUAUAGUGUGAUGUCUACAAUUCAGAAAUCAAUGUUCUAUUUAUAGUCUGUAGCAAAUGUUACUUGCAAACAAAAAAAAAAUUUACACUUAUUUUUGUACUUUGAAAGAAUUAUUAUAUUCUAUUGUAAUAUAUUCAAAUUAAAGUUUAUUAUUUGGUUCUCAUAA